CUGAAGAAAGACGGCCAUGUUUUUUUGGCAUCUUGAGGGAGCUGGUUAAUAAACAUGCAGUGUCAGUAAUUCAUUCAGUAUUUUAUUUAUCUACUGCCUCUUAUCACAUGGUGGCAGCGGUAAAAGUAAUAAAUGGAGAAAAAACAUAAAUCAGACAUGAAGGAGGCAGAGCAGGGUGGAAGAGGCCACCAAGCCAAGGUGACGCCACCCGGAAUUUUCAGUUUUGUGCCGGAAGAAUGGCCGAAGUAUAAAACCAGAUUUAUGAGGUACAUGAGUUUAACAGGUCAAAACAACAACGUCGACGAAGAAAAGAUAAAUUGCCUCAUUUAUUGCAUGGGAGAAAGGGCAGAAGACGUAAUAUUGCAGUUUGGGGAGGACGCCAUGUGCUACCUUAAGCUAUUGAAAAAAUUUGAUGAUUUUUUCGCUCCCAAACGAAAUGUAAUCUAUGAAAGAUUCAAAUUCAACGCCAGGGUGCAACUACAAGGCGAAAGGGUUGACGAAUUUGUCACUGAAAUACACCGACUUGCCGAGCACUGUGAAUACGGCGUUCUGAAGACUGAUCUUAUCAGAGAUAGAAUUGUCGUUGGUAUUGCAGAUAAAAGUCUAAGCGACAGGAUGCUACUCAAACCAGAUCUUACAUUAGAAGAAGCCAUACAAAUGGGAAGACAAUCUGAAAUACAGCAGGAAGAAACUAAGAAAAUGAGGGGUGAAGUGACAGAACUCAUGAAAAUUGAAAAAAGAAAAAAGACAGGAAACUGCUGGUUUUGUGGGAAGGAGCGACAUCCAAGAGAAAAAUGUCCCGCGGAAAAAGCAACUUGCCACAAUUGUAAACGUGUGGGACACUUUGCUAAAUUGUGUCGGUCUAAAGCAGUUAAAAUUAUAAAAGAGGAUUCAAACGAGUAUGAGGAGCAGAUAUAAGUGCUAUACCAGAAAAUGUUGCAGUGAAGGCCAAACUACCGUUGGUGAAAUCAGGUGAUAGUGUAAAAGGGCCAGAU